UGUUGCGGUGUCGAUGGCCCGCUCGACUAUCGACGUCUGUCCCUCCCAUGGUCCUGCUGCUCCCGUCCCGAACACGCUUACGAAUCGGCAUGUGAUACCCACUACAAGCGCGGCUGUCUGGCCGUUGUCUCGGAGCAAAUCAAGAGUCGUCUGCUGAUAACCGCAUUUGGCGCCGCAAUUAUAGCCAUACUCCAGAGCUUGGGCAUCUUUUGCGCCGUGCAUCUGACCAUAUUGUUUGGCAAGAACGACAACACCCAUCCCAUGAAUAUGAAUCGAAAAAAGAAGCAGCAACAGUUCUUACCAUUGACCAUACAGGACAAGCGGCACGAUCUACCAUCCCCGAUCAAUUUGUCGCCCUCGGCUCCCGGGCAGCGGGUUUUAAAAACAGCUCUGCCUCCGGCCAUGCACAAAUGACAGACGAUUAGCUUUUAAUGACUACAAACAAAAUUUAUGAAAACUCAAAAAGUUAUAAAAAUGUUGUAACCUGAGAUGGAAUGAAUAUAACUGUGACCCUCAAUGUUACGUUAUGGUAAUUUUAAAAAUUUUACCGUUCGACAAAAAAACCAAAAACUAAAACAAAAAACCAAAAAGAAACAAC